AUGAAAAGUGCGAAAGUGACGGGAAAGAGGAGUGCGAAUGAAAAGCAGGUGUCACGUCUGGCACCCGCAGAGACUUGCUUGGAGCUGGAGCGCUACCUUCAGACAGAACCCAAACGCCUGUCCGAGCUCUUCGACCAGGACUUGGACGGCCUCCUCACGCCGGCGUACAUGAAGGAGGACAGUGGCGAAGAAGAUCUAUCGGACCUCGUACCUGACCUCCCCAACCUCCCAGAACCUCCCAGCCCGCCUCCGGUCCUCCUCUGCACCAAUCGGAAGCUCUCCAGCGCCAAAAGAGACUACCUGAAACCCAAGCACCACAGGACGGAGAAUGCUGAAGGUGAAGGUCUCGAAGGCGUCCACCAAGCCCAGCUCAGCGCCGUGACUUCUCUGACCCCUCCGUCGUCGCCAGAACUCGGCCGGCAUCUCAUCAAACCCAGCCAGACGUUGACGGCUUCCGCGGACGGCACGUUGACGUUAAAAUUGGUGGCCAGGAAGGUGGGCUUGAGCGCAGCGCGGUUAGUGGCCGCCCAGGCGCUCCCGGUGAGGCUAUCGGACGAGGACGACGGCGCGGCCUGCUUGAUCGGCGUGGGCGAUAUCCCGGAGAACAAGAAACGGAUUCACCGCUGCCAGUUCAACGGCUGCCGUAAGGUCUACACCAAGAGCUCCCACCUAAAGGCGCACCAACGGACCCACACAGGCAUCAACACCGGUAAAAGCCGAUUCUGCAAAACCGCCAACAUCCUCGACGACAGCUCGGCCCGAUGCCCUUACAUUCGAGAUAAUACAGACACCCGCACCUGCUUCCGAGAACGGCGCUUGGACGAUAAGAAAAAUCCCGAGCGCCUUAUGGAACUUUGA